AUGUCUCUCGUCGCAGUAGGAGCUUGCUAUGCUGACACCAUUCUAACAACACCCUACUACCCCGGCGAAGAUGAAAAGCUACGAGCAUCAAGCAUCUCCCGAAGACGCGGAGGCAACUGUCCCAACACACUAGAGGUCAUCCAACAACUGACAUCAAGAACCACGGAUGCCUCACUGAAUCUCGUGGCCAUCCUCCCGGCAAAGUCCUCGGUGGGAUCGCAGCAGAUCAAGACUGCGUUUGAGCCGGGCGUGAACUUGGAUCGAUGUAUAUAUAGGGAGGAAUUUAGUGAGCCGGCGUCGAGUUAUAUUAUCAAGAGUUCUGGGACGGGGAGUCGGACGAUUGUUAACUACAAUGAGUUGCCGGAGAUGAGUGUUGAUGAGCUGAAGAGGGUUAUUGAUGAGGUUGGACCCAAGACUACUUGGUUUCAUUUUGAGGGCCGCAUACCCGAUGUCAUCCUGGCUGGUAUCAAGUAUCUCCGUCAACAGUUCUCGUCGGUGCGGGUUAGUGUCGAGGUCGAGAAACCUCAGCGGCCGGGGUUGCAGGAGUUGGCUGUUGAGGCUGAUGUGGUUUUUUACUCGAAGAGUUGGGCUCUGGGAAAUGGCUACAAAUCGGCUGAAGAGUGUCUUCGCGAGCAAGCCAAGUUGACACAGAAUGCGACCCUGCUCUGCUGCACAUGGGGCCAAGACGGCGCCGUCGUUCUAGAAACCAAAUCCACCAUUCUAAUCCACAACCUGGCUUAUUCUGCACCUGACUUCGAAGUCGUCGAUACAAUUGGCGCCGGAGACACGUUUAUCGCUGGAAUGCUGUACGGCCUGCUUUGGAAGGAUGACUGGGAUACGACGAAGAAACUGAGCUUUGCGAAUCGGGUUGCUGGCAUGAAAGUGGUGCAGGAGGGGUUUGCCGGUUUGGCGCGGGCGCUAGACGCGUAG